AUGCCGCCCCCCGCCUCACGAGCUGCCAUCACCCGCCUCCUCGCCCUCACCGCCAACCAGGGCUGCAGGGGCUGCGGCAGGUCCCACUCCCACAGCAUCGCCGCCCCCACAGACUUGCCCCCUGGCAAUGCCGACUAUGCUUUCGAGAUGGCUGCGUCGACCCUCCGAUUCGGCGCACAUGCCACCCGAGAAGUCGGCAUGGACUUUGCAAACCUCAUUCGCGAGAUGCCUUCCGUCGACCGCUCACGCGCAAAGAUUGGAGUGUUCACGGAUCCCAACGUGGCCAAGCUUCAAGUGAUGGAGGUCGUGGAGGAGAGCCUGCUGAGGGAAGGAUUGGACUUUGUGGUCUUUGACAAGGUCUCCGUCGAGCCGACCGACAAGAGCUGGGGGUCUGCUGUUGACUUUGCAAGAUCCUCCCAUUUGACGCACUUUUUGGCCGUGGGAGGUGGGUCGUCAAUGGAUACUGCGAAAGCAGCCAACCUGUUGGCCAACCAUCCCGAGUCCGACAUGUUCGACUUUAUCAAUGCCCCCAUCGGCAAGGGCUUGCCCAUCACCAAGAAGCUGAGCCCUUUGAUUGCCAUCCCUACUACCGCCGGAACUGGAUCAGAGACCACAGGAACGGCUAUCCUCGACAUACCCUCCCUUCGGUUCAAGACUGGUAUUGCCUCGCGUGCUCUGAAGCCGACCCUGGGUAUCGUCGACCUCCACAACACUGCUACGUGUCCCAAGGAGGUUUCCAUCGCUGCUGGAUUGGAUGUGCUCUUCCAUUCUCUCGAAAGCUGGACUGCUGUGCCGUAUCAUGAAAGGACUCCCAGGCCUACCAACCCCAUCCUCCGACCGGCUUAUCAGGGAUCCAAUCCCAUCUCAGACAUCUUCUCUCGAUGGGCCUUGGAGACUACCAUCAAAUACCUCCCUCGCAUUGCCCGCGACCCAUUCGGCGAUGUAGAAGCCCGAUCUCAGAUGUUGCUUGCUGCCUCCACAGCUGGUAUCGGGUUUGGCAACGCCGGUGUCCACAUGUGUCACGCCUUUUCAUAUCCCAUUUCAUCAUUAAACAAGGGCAGACCUAAAGAAACCCAGUACCACCACCCAUCCUACAACCCCGAGAUUCCUCUCAUUCCCCACGGCGUAGCCGUUUCCCUCACCGCCCCUGCUGUCUUCAACUUUACUGCCCCCUCGUCCCCAGAGCGACAUCGUGAGGCUCUUAGGGUGUUCCUGGGAAAGGACAGGGUGCAUGAGGCAGACGCUACAAAAGACUCGGAUCUGGGGGCAAAGUUGGGAGAGGAGAUUCAAAAGUUCUUGGAUCUGGUGGAGGUGCCGAGGGGGCUGAGUAAGGUUGGGUAUUCUAGUGGUGACAUUGCUUCGUUGGUUGAAGGUUGUCUGCCUCAGAGGCGCGUGCUCGACUUGGCGCCGGUUCUCGCAAAGGAUGACAAGGCUGAAGAGAGAGAGCAAUUGGCUCAUAUCGUGGAGAAGUCUUUGAACUGGUAA